AUGGAUCCGAAGAGUCCAUUUAAUUUUCCAGAUUUUAUACCGCCGCCUCCUUUCCCAAUCGAGAAGAAGAGAAAGAAAAUAAUUCAAGAGAAGGGACUCGAUUGGAUGAUGAAUAUUAUUAGGAAAGUUAAUGUAGAUGUGUCCUUGGUGGAUUUGUUCCUACAUUUUCCUAAAUUCUCCAAGUUUUUCAAGGACCUUAUUGCGAAAAAGGAGAAGAUACAAGAUGAUGGUGUGGUGAUAUUGAGCGCAUUUUGCUCACAGUUUGUGAAGGGAAAGAUGCCGGCUAAGAGAAGAGAUCCCGGAAGUUGUGUGAUCCCGUGUGAAAUGGGAGAUAAGAAGUUCCCAAAGUGCCUACUUGAUCAAGGCUCGGGAAUAUCAUUGAUGGCUUUGAAAACUGCGAGGUCAAUCGGUCUUGAAGCAAGGAUUGAACCAAUCGACAUUGACCUUCAGUUGGCGGAUCAUUCAAUUGUUAAGCCUAAAGGAAUCAUCGAGGAUGUCUUGGUGAAGGUGGAUAAAUUUAUACUCCCGGUUGACUUCAUUGUCAUAGAGAUGGAAGAGGACAAGGACAUGCCUAUUCUCUUUGGUAGGCCAUUUUUAGCAACCGGUGAUGUUGUGAUUGAGACCAAGACAAAUACGGUCAUGUUUCGAGUUGAUGGGGAGAAUGUUGUGAUUGAGCAGGAGAAGGCGAAGGGGCGCCUAUUGGAGUUUGGAUAG